AUGUUGCAAGCCGAGAGAGGUUCAUUCUCUCUCCUCUUAAUUGACUGGACACAUGACCUUUCUGAUACGAUCUUUGAGCGCUAUAUUCAGACGGCUGCCUUCCCCAACUGCGUUGACACCGUUCUCGCUAAUGGAUUGGGUAGGGUAGAAUGCCUGCCGAAGUACAUGCUCGACGCUGGCUCUGGCUUAGGUCUAAGCGUGGGGUCGACGGCCACAUCCCACACUUCUGCUUCAGCAAUUCAGACAGCUUUCGCCGAGAUGGACAGUAACGGUAACGCCAGUGACUCCCUCUAUGGGAAUGGGACUGUCUGGGAAGGUAGUUCAUCAAAUGCAGCCACAUACAAAGUCGGUGAGAUGACGAUGACCGGCUCAGCAGGAUACAAUAUCUGCUCGUUGCCGCCGAAGACUUGUGAGAAUACCACAUCUUCUCGGUUAACGAUCCCAGCAAAUGCAUCACUGGGAUGGCUUGCCCUUAACUUGGUGAAUUCGGGAGCGGUUAGUGCUCUUCGGGUCUCGCUUGAUGGCCAUUUAAUGCACGUUUAUGCUGCUGAUGGCCUCUAUGUGACCCCACAAGAGGCAAAAGCAGAUGGAAUGGAUGCUAUCACUUCACAAGUCUCCGUUGAUCCAGCCUCCACAUGGAUGCUGACCAACGGUUCGGCUAGUCAAGGGGUUACAGAACUUGUCGAGGCUAAACUUUCACCGUUUGAAGGUAGCGGACCGCCUCUUGGGCUGCUGGUUUGA